CUCAAUCUUUCUUCCACCUUUUCCUGUUGUCUGGCCUGAUCUCUCGUUAGAAAAAUGGGAGAUUCUCGAAACCCUAGGUCGACUUCAAUUUCUCUGCCGGCCGGAUGUGGAUUUUACCCCUCCGACGAGCAAGUAUUUUGCCAUUACCUUUCUUGCAAGAACAACCCGAGACAGGAACCUGACAGUGGCAAUCCUUUCGGUUAUGAUCUCAUUAAAGAACUUGAUCUGUACAAUUAUGAGCCGUGCGAGUUGCCGGACGCCUCGAGCUUCGCUUACGGGUACAAGAACGAGAAGAGGCACUGGUUUUGCUUCACGGUUAGGGUUUUGGAGAGCAGGGGAGCUAGGAGAAAGGCCAAAGGAGGGUACUGGAGGAGGGGAUCGAGCGUUAAGAACGUGAUUGGAGCAGGAGGAAAGCUUGUUCUUGGUACGAAAACAAAGUUUGUGUAUUAUCUCAACAAUUCGCAGAAGAGUGCGGUGAAAACGGAUUGGGUCAUGUACGAGUAUGCCCAACGUGAGGACCUUAAGACUUCUUUUGUUCUAUGUCGAGUGUUCAUCAGAUCCAAUGCUGGGAUUAGCAUAACAGAUAAUGUUUUGAAUUCUUGUGCCGAAGAAACUGCUGCUGCAGUGCACCUUGUUGGCAUCCAGCAGCAUGAUGGGUAUCUUACUUCUGCAACUACAGUGCAUGAUGACAUAUCUGUUGGCAGGAAGAAUGAUAUACCAAGGUAUCCCCAAAGUCUGCCUACCAAGCUGGAUGAUCGUCAGGUGGUAAAGGAGCCUGCUUCGAAUACCAGUUUUCACCUUUCUCCAAGCAUUGAACCCAAUGAACAGGUGACAGCGAUCGGGCUUACUGGCGGUGAUAUGUCUACUAAUACCUUAACUGCGGAAGAAUUAGUCUCCAUUCUUGAGGAAAAUUUCAUAGAGUUGGACGAUCUCGUGGAUUGAUCAUCCAAAAAAAUAUUUUUGAUACUUGUCUUUAUAGUUUGAAAAUAUGGGGUUCAGAUAUGGGUUCAACCCAUGAAAAUGGAGGUGGAACUAAUUGCCCUGCGAAAAUAAGAUACAGCUUUUAAUUCCAGUCAUAAAAAGAUAUCUUUUGCACAAUUCUGCUUUGAAUUGGGAGAGAUAUCAUGGAGGAUAGCUACCUCAGUUAUCUUUUCUGUUUUGUAAACAUUAAAUUGAGAAAUUUAUUGUCAAGACUUGGUUUUGAAGUCUAGAGAGAUGUCAUGGAAGCAAUGUUUUAUUUGUAGAGGUAAUAUGCAUUAAGCUAACUGUUUGUUGCAAUUUUUAUUUUUCAGUCUCAGUAUUGACCAAAUCAGAAACCAAUCUUGUAUCUUGGUGUGCAGAUUGCCUUGUGCCCAAUAACAGGCACUUUUAUCCGGUGGAAUGGGGAACAAAGUUGAUAUGUUGGAUGAUGGUUAUUUCAAUUCGAGAUCUCGGUAUUAGCUUCUAUGUUGGACUAUUGAUGGUAGAGAUCAUUAUCCUUUUACAUUGUUUGAAAAUUAUAUUUUCCCUCUUGUUUACUGCUUUUUAUUCCCCUCGUUUAUAGGCUGCCUAUUGUCGUUUGUUUCUUCAGUUUCAUGUUGCUGAGGGAGCCAAAACUAUUGCUAGAUGGAUGAGACAACUAUCCUCUUCUCCCUUCUCAUUAGGGUCUUCGUGUUUAGCAAGGCUCCUCCUACUUUAAAUUGCUUUGUGUUCCUUUUUUGAAUUGCACAUUGCCGAUUAGAUGAUGCCCAUUUUACGUUUCCAAAUUUGAAUCAAGUUUAAUUCUGGUUAUAAUUUGCUGAAUUUCUUAAAGUUUAUUCCAUGCAAAUUGGAUAACAGCGUAGGGUUUUGACCAUCCAGUUUCACACUUGCACUCCUUGAAUUGAAUAACAAUUGUCUUUAGAGGCGUGAUGACAUUGGGUACUGCAAUCAGGUUUGGGUGGACGCUCAAUUGCUUUUUGGUUCCUUUGAUUAUAUUUUUUUUGCUCGUUGCAAGGUGGAAGUGGAGUGCCUAGCUGGUGAACGGCAGAAAAGUUUCACCCUUGCAAUUUCUAGAUUAUUGCCUGAAGUAGAGUUGAUACCUAUCAUGGAAGUUGACUACCUUUAGCAGUAUCCUUCAUUAUUAGUUCUUAAAUACCUUAAUUUUUUGUAUGGUUCAUAAACGUGAAUAAAAAUGAGUGGAGAAUCAUAAUGCUCUCUUGUUUCAAUUAUUUUUUCUGAGUUAAUAAGAUUUUGAAGCUUUUUUUUUUUUUUGUAGGCAGGGAAGUGGAGUAGGGGAUUAGAACCCAAUCACCCAUGACCUCAUGGUCGUGGUUCUUAUGGUAGGAGGCCUAACCAACUAGGCUAGGACUUGAUCCCCAUUUUGAAGCCUUAUUUAAUUUUUUUGAGAUGGUAUUUAUAGACCACAUUUGCGGGGAUGGCGAUGAAGGGUAGGGGAGGAAAGGGGUUUGGAUGGGAGGUUGUCUCCCACUGUUUGGGAGCUUUAUCAUGGGACCGGGUAAAAAAAGAACCUUCAAAUUGUUUCAUUUAAGCAUAAAGGAAUUGUUUUAAUCCCUGCUAGUGAAUUAAGUGUUGUUCUUAAAUCCCUUCUAAUCUUCUUUUCUGCGCUAGUUGCUAAAGGUUAUAACAUGAUAGGACAGGAAGAAUGGAUUCUAUCUUCCUGUUGCCUUGCUUGAAGGUAAUACCAAGCUAGGACAGGUUAGAAUGUAUUAGAUGGGCUGCUGCUAGGCUUUGAAAGAGAUGGCAGAAUAGCGGAGAGAAUUCGUUCUCUCUUUCCUGUAGUGUUUAAGAGAGGGAACUUAUUUAGACUUGCAUUACAACUAUGUUGGUCGCGAGAUUUUAUAUGCUAACCAAUAUAAUUUGACUUUCCCA